AUGACGGCAGAUCCAGGAGCUGGUAUGACCUUUCAGGUGGAUCCCAAAAAGCCAAUCGGUGGACACAUUCUCGCCCAUGCAUCUACAACGCGUAUCAUGUUGAAGAAAGGCCGAGGUGAAACACGGAUUGCUAAGGUAUGUUGUGCAAUUGGAUAAU